AUGGCGACGAAACCUCUCCAGCCUGCUACACAUCCCCGUUGGCAACCUCGCUGCCGAGCGCUACCUCCCGAAGUCUGGAUCAACAUCUUCCGCUACCACACCGACCUCGCGCAUCUCUGGCUAGCCUGCCGGCGCAUCUCGUCGCCUCUCCGCGCCUGCGCCGAAUACGCGUUUGCGAAAUACUUCUUGCAAGAUGUGCACAUCGACUUCCAACUUGAGAAGUACAACCUGGGAGGGAAGAGCAAGAGGCCCGAAGUGCCCGUCACAUUCGACCGGCUAGGCAAACGCAGUGAGGAAGACAUAGCGUGGUACAGAGAUCACCGAGCGAUGGAAACCGUAUGCGACGGCCACGGUAAGAAAGGACAGAAGUGGUUCCAGGACGUGAUGUGUAGAUGGGAGGAGAACGUCAACGGGUGGAAGCCUGAGAUGCCCAAUUACACCAUUACCAUUGGUGGAUCACUGGUCAACGACACGGCGCUGCCUGGUCUUAGCAUCGACACGGCAGCGCGCGAGAUCCGCUUCAUGUGGCGCGAGAUGCUCCAUCUAUUCUUCCGCGAACACGAGAGACUCCAGAUUCUACGCGAGACAUGGCAGAUUCAGACGACGAAGCGCAUACAGGAGAACAACGCGCGGCUGAGGAAGGGCGAGAAACUCUUGCCGGCUGACUACCCGCUUCCCUGGCACACGGCCGAAGCCGAGAUGCGCAAGGACAUCAGGCGCGCGCGGCUCAAAGAGCACUAUCGCCAUGACGAGGAGAUGGUGUGGGCGAUUACUUCGCUGAGCCACUUUGAGCAGUAUGGCGCGGCUGGUGGGAGUGCGAGGGCUUUCACGCUGGAUGUAGAUUUGCCCGGCGCCGGGCUGGGCGAGAAGUGGUUCGGAAGGAGUAACCUAGUGCAGGAGCUGUUUCUGGAUGAGUGGAGUUGUAUGCAUAGGAUCGAUACUAAACGAGAGCACUUGCGGAGUGGGCUGUAG